UAUUUGAGCAACUAUGUUUUCUGCAAGACAGAUAUAUUUUACAUUCAGAGUACCUAGUAUAAAAUUAAUAUGUCAGAUUAAUGGAUUGGAGAACUUCGAAGGUGAAAAACAUUAUUCUACUUCAGCUCUGAUUUCAAUAAAAACUCCACCACGAGCAUUUUCCACUGAGAGUAUUUUGCGGAAACCAUCGGUAUCAUUAGAAAGUCCAUUUUCAGAAGAUGAAAACAAGGAAUUCAUGGCAUUUUUUCCUGAAUUUGUGGAAAGUCUCAUCACCGAAGAGAUUUGCAAGAAAAAUUUUAAACUCACCCAAAAAAUCACAGACCUUGUGAAAUAUAACGUAGAUCACGGAACGAAUGCGAGAGGGAUAGCAACAGUAAUGGCUUAUAAGGCUUUCAUGAAAAGUCAAAGCAUUUCACGAGAAAUUACGAAGGGCCCCAUUAUUCUAGGGUGGUGUGUGAGAAUGGUGCGAAUCAUUGAUAUUUGA